AAAAACAAAAAAUUGCUUAGAAUCUUGAGUCGAGAAAGAUCGUUAAAAAGAGGGAAGCGAAGGUUGGUUACCUGUCUAAAUGCUCUGCUAAGAAGAACAAGAAAGGGAAAAACCCGUGCUCAAAGGGUGUGGGUGCACGUUUAAUUUCUGUGCUAUAAAUAAAUACAUAAAUUUGAAAACCAAAGAAUUAAGGAACGUUAGGCGUUGAGAAGAAAGUGCUGAUCCGAUGAUGGAUAGUUUGUGUUUGAAGACGGGGAUUCAUGGGGGGCUGGGCUCCUCCAUCUCCGUCUGCAGUGGUGGUGCUGGGGGUCUUGAAGCCCGUUCGACGCCGUCCCAGGUGAGCGCUGUGGGGAGGGAGAAGAAGACGGCGCCAUUUUCCAGGUUCUCCUUCAAGGUUCCCUUGAGAUCUCUCUGGCCGCUGAAUCAAGGUGGCGGCACCAGUAGGUACAAUGGGUUGGCCGUAGAAGACGCUGUUCUUUCCGAGAAUAAUAGCAGUGUUAUGAAUAGAGACGAAGGGAAGGUUGGUGUGGAGGUGGCAGAGGAGGUGGAGGAGGAUGUGGGGCAGAGCGAGAACUGGGUGUUGAAGAUUUUGCACGUGAGGUCGCUGUGGAAGGAAAGGAGUGCUGACCUUUCGGAGGUAGAGAAGGAGGAACGGGGCGCUGUGGCAAUUAAUCAGAGAAUUGGUUCUGAUGGUGAAGAUGACGAGGAAGGGUGUGAUGCUUGUCAAGUUGGUGAUGAUGAAGAUGAAAAGGAACGGGUCGAGUUUGAUAGAGAUUCGUUUUCGAGGUUGCUAAGGAGGGUGUCCCUGGCCGAGGCCAGGUUGUAUGCUCAAAUGUCGUAUUUGGGGAACCUGGCAUAUGACAUUCCCAAGAUCAAGCCAGGGAAUCUCCUGAAAUACCAUGGUCUGCAUUUUGUAACUUCAUCGAUAGAGAAGAAGGAAUUGGCUGCAAAAGCAGAGCAAAAUCAAUUGUCAGCUGAAACUCUGGAAGCAGAAAAGGAUGUGAAGGACAAGGUGGAAGGAAAGGAAAACAAGAAAGAAGGGUAUCGGAUAAGUGCAUCUGCAGCAUACCAUAUUGCUGCCUCUGCAGCUUCCUAUUUGCAUUCUCAUACCACAAGCAUACUUCCCUUCAAAUCCUCAAAACCCAAGGCUGGUGAACAUCCACCUGAAGGAAGCGGUGAAAGUGAUAAUGGUUAUAAUAUGAUGAACUCAGAUGUCGCUUCUUUUAUGGCAACCAGGGACUCCGUGACAGCUGUGGUUGCUGCAAAGGAGGAAGUGAAGCAAGCUGUUGCGGAUGAUCUGAACUCAACACGUUCAUCACCUUGUGAGUGGUUCAUAUGUGAUGACGAUCAGAGUGGAACAAGAUUCUUUGUCAUUCAGGGGUCAGAAUCACUAGCAUCUUGGCAAGCAAAUUUACUUUUUGAGCCCGUUCAAUUUGAGGGACUGGAUGUGCUUGUGCACAGAGGCAUUUAUGAGGCUGCAAAAGGGAUCUAUCAACAGAUGUUGCCCGAGGUCCAUGCACACCUAAACUCUCGUGGAAAGAAAGCAAUUUUUCGUUUCACUGGGCACUCUCUUGGGGGAAGCUUGGCACUAGUCGUAAAUCUUAUGUUGCUGAUACGGCAUGAAGUGCCAAUGUCUUCCUUACUUCCUGUAAUUACAUUUGGUGCACCAUCUAUCAUGUGUGGAGGUGAACGCCUGCUUCGCAAGCUUGGAUUGCCACAGAGCCAUGUCCAAUCGAUCACAAUGCACAGAGACAUUGUACCUCGGGCCUUCUCUUGCAAUUAUCCUAAUCAUGUUGCAGAGAUUCUCAAGGCUGUCAAUGGGAACUUCCGCAAUCAUCCUUGUCUCAAUAACCAGAAACUACUCUAUGCUCCAAUAGGUGAGCUUCUCAUACUACAGCCGGAUGAGAAAUUCUCCCCUAGCCAUAAUCUCCUUCCUUCCGGAAGCGGUCUGUAUGUUCUAAGCUGCCCAUUGUCUGAUACCAAUGAUACCGAGAAGCAGCUUCGGGCUGCACAAAUGGUUUUUUUGAACUCGCCACACCCACUUGAGAUCCUAAGUGAUCGCUCUGCAUAUGGUUCUGAAGGAACCAUUCAAAGAGAUCACGACAUGAAUUCUUACGUGAAAUCUGUCAGGGGUGUGAUUCGCCAAGAGCUUAACCACAUCAGGAAGGCAAGGAGAGAGCAACGCCGCAAAGUUUGGUGGCCCCUUGUUGCGACGCGUGGCAUCAAUGCUGGUAUCAUUGUGGGGAGGCCCAUGAUAUCAAUCAACAUGGGCCAAGACCAGUUCCAUUUCUCCGGCAUCUUACAAACAGGAAGAGAGUCCUUGAAAAGGUUCAGUAGGUUCGUGGCAUCACAGCACAUGCAUUUGUUUGUGGUGCUCUUGUUUCCAGCUCGGUUGUUACUCUUAGGGGCAUACAGCAUGAUCAGUUUUCGUUGACCAGCCUAUCAUGCUUGGCACAUGAUUUAGCACCUUUUUGUUUGGGUAGCUCAUUGCUGAGGGCACAUGGUUGGCAGGAUGGUUAGAUGAUUCUUUAUUCAUUAGUUCUGAAAAUUAAAAGCAAUUCAUGUUGGCUCAGAAGGAAAAAAAAAAAAAAAGCAUUCAGUCUUCUUUCUUCUUUUAGAUUGGAAAAUUUCAUCAAAGGGUAUGUAAAGGACACUUAAAUAUUAAUGUCUACAAAUGAACUUAGACAAUCAAUGCAGUGAUUCUUUUAUGGUA